AUGCGGGGCCUCAAGGAAGAUCCUGCCUUGAUCCGCUGGGCCUAUGCUCGGACACAGAAUGUCUACCCUACUUUCCGCGCGACACCCAAGACGUCCUUCCUAGGAGCUGUUUGUGCCAUAGGCCCUAUCCUCUUCUGGGCUUUUGUCUUUAAAGCUGACAGGGAUCGUAAAGACAAGCUAAUUCAAGAAGGUAAAUACAAGCGACCAUUCAGUGUAUUUUAA